CUCGGUCACGUGACCUAAACAUUGGAGCAUGAUGGCGGCGCCUAUAGAGAGUCUGCUGAAUGAAAUCUGUGCAUCAGAAGAUCCUAUCGAGGAGCUCAAGAGCCUCCGGACGGUCCUUUUAUCGACGCCCGUGAGCGCGUUGAGGCAGGUGGUGUCUGGAGCACGACUGGAGAUCAUAUUUGGGCUUUUAAACACAAAUGACAAAGAGCAGAUCGAGGUGUGUGUGGAAAUCCUGAGUCGUGUCCUCCAGGCUUUAGAUCCCGUCCAGCUGGUUCAGAACUACAAGACGGCGCUGCAGAGUGGACUGAACCAUCCGGAUGACUCGGUCAAAGUGCUCACCCUCACACAGAUCGGCCGUGUGGCUGGUCACGCUGAUGGAGUGACACAGAUGCUGAACAGCGUGGAAAUCCUGUGUGAUGUGAUUCAGUGCAUCAGCAUUGAACGCAUCGCCGUGGCCAAAGAGGCGAUAGCUGCUCUUAGUAAACUCAGCAACACGAAGGCGGGGCUUGAUGCUUUGUUCCGCUCUGAUUUGCUGAACAAGCUCAAGGAUGUGAUGCACACCAGUGACAUCAUCAGAUACAGAGUUUAUGAGUUGAUCGUGGAAGUGUCCACAGUGUCUCCAGUGUCUCUGGGUUACUGCGCCAACAGCAGUUUACUCUCACAGCUGCUGGAAGAACUGACUGGAGAUGAUGUUUUGGUCAGAGCAACUGCUAUAGAGAUGGUGACCAAUCUGGCUCAGAGUCAACAUGGCCGUCAGUAUCUGGCACAGCAAGGCAUCAUGGAUAAAAUCUCCAACAUGAUAAUCGCAGCAGAAUCCGAUGCCCUCUCAAGCCUUUACCUUCCAGGUCUGGUGAAGUUUUUUGGCAGUCUGGCGAUCAUGGAUAGCCCUCAGCAGGUCUGCGAGAAGUACCCAGUAUUCCUCGAGGUGGUCUUCUCCAUGGCGAUGAACCUUGACCCCACACUGACCCCUGUUGCCCUUGACACGCUCGGAGUGCUCGGCGUGACCGUGGAGGGUAAACAGGUCCUGCAUAAAACAGGUGAGAAGUUCACGUCGGUGUUGAAGAGAAUCAGUAAAGUGGCCUUUGAGGGAGCCACUGAACUCCGAGUCCGAUGUUUGGAGGCUCUGGCGCAGCUGCUCACGUUACCUGUGGAGCAGCAGACGGAUGACCUGUUACUGUUGACCGAGUCGUGGUUUAACUGUCUGAGCUCUCAGCCGAUGGCGAUGAUACGGAACAUAAGCACACAACCCUUCCCAGAGCUCCACUGCAGCGCGCUGCGAAUCUUCACUGCCAUUGGCUGUCAGCCGUGGGGUCAGCAGCUGAUGAUGGACACUCCUGGAUUCCUGGAGUGGGUGAUGGAUCGCUCAGUGGGGAAGGGAAAAGAAGCCAAGGAUUGCAAGUUUGAGCUGGUGAGGGCCUUGUUGAGCUCCUCGAGCGCUCAGGAGAUCUUUGGAGCGCACAAUUACUUAAAGCUGAGAACCUACAUGAACGAGGGACCCUAUUACAUCACUGCCGUGUCUACAGUCACCACAGAGGGAGCCGACUGAGAGAUACACAAAUUCAUACUUCACUAGGGGAUCCAACUUUAUUUUUUGUGAUGUCAAAGGCUUGUUUUUCUGGCGAGAGUGGAUGAAAUGUGACCAAAAGCACUUAACACACACACACACACAGCUGUUCAACUGUUUCUACUUCCAGAAGUUAAAUUUAGUUUAUUUUGUAAUGUGUUGCAGCAAUAAAAAGCCCAUUUGAGUGGUUUAUUUCUGAUAUGAUUUGAUAUAUACUAUUAUUCAGCAAGGAUGCAUUAAAUUGAUCAAAAGUGUCAGUAAAGACAUUUAUAAUGUUAUGAAAGAUAAUAUUUCUAAAUUCUAAUAAAUGCUGUUAUUUUGAACUUUA